UAGCMCAGGAAUGCCAGGAAUUGAAUAGCCCAUGUCCAUCCAUAUCGCCGUCUUGUUGUGUUCCAUUUAAUUUUUCAUAUUAUUAUUUUGUUCUGUGAUUUCGUCGAUGUUCAAUUUUUUCCAAUGUUCAUUCAACAAUCGUGGCCAUCAUUAAUAAUUGAUACUAUACAGAUUUUAGAUUUUUUCUUUUCCAUUGACGUUUGUGAAUUUAAAUUUUGAACAUCGAUCGACUUCAAGGCUUCAAGUUUUAUUGCGUUAUUGAUCUGCCCGUCUUUGCUUACUGCCUAGUGCCUACAGUCAGUAACAUCAAAUCAAUAGUGCGUUUUAUUAAUUAAUCUUUGUUGUUUUUGGAUGUAAUUUGRGUUAACAUUUUAUUUACACUACCGAAUUUCGCAAUCAUGGAUUUACUUGGGUCGAUCAUGAAAUCAAUGGAAAAACCACCUACUGUGGAUACCAAAGAGAAACUAAGGCAAAAAAAAGCCCAAGAAGUGUUAAUCAAACAACAGAAUAGGGAAAAAGCAAGAAUGAUACAGUUCCGCAAUGAAACUGAGAAGAAAGUGACAUCAUUUGUUCAAGACGAUCAUCAGACUCGUUUGAAAUUCCCUACUUUGAAUAAAGUGCUACGCAAUAUUGUACAUGAAAUUGCGGAGGAUGCUGGAAUGUUAGCUUAUUCUUUUGGAGAAGAAGAAGUUGAUCGUUAUAUUAUGAUAUUCAAGAAAGACUCUCCACCUUCUGAGGAUGAAUUAAAUGCACUCCGAAAUGGUCAAGAAUGGAAUGAUGAUAUUGCUAAAAGAUUAACAGAACAAAGGGAACAAGUUAAAAUUGAAAAAAUGUUAGAUGAAGAAAAACGAAUGAUGCUAAAGCGAACUAACCAAGAUAAGCCUAAAUAUAAUUACAAAGAAAAAUUCCAACAUCUUGUUGGUUUGGAAGCAGCUGAACAAGCAGCACGAAAGACAGAAACUAAUAAAUCUUAUGGAUUUGUUCCAAGUGAAAAUAAAAAAGAUCAAAGGUCAAUCGAGCAAACACUAGCAGACAUACGUGAAAAAAAAAGAUUGAAAAUUGAAAAUGACAACUCUCAAAGUCAAUCUUUAAAAAUGGACUAAUUUUACUUACCUAUAGCCCACAUUUUUAUGAAGUAUAGUUUAAAAAUUGAUUAAAUCAGACAAAAUAGGAAUACAGYUCAUAUUAAAAUUGCUUAAAACAAUGAAAUGUAAAAAUAAAAUUCUUACAUUUAAAUGUAUUAUUCGAACAAUUAUUCAUAAUUAUAUACUCAUUUUGUUUUAAAUUAU